AUGACUGCUUGCCUUGAAAUAAAGAAAUGCUUCAACUUUGAUGACUCGGUUCUCACUCACUCACCAGUGACGUACAGGCAUGACGUUUUUAAAGUGUCUUUUGUAUUUCCAAAUAAAGACAAGUAUGAUGGUGAGUGUACAAGAACACCGGAUGGUGUUCUCGAGAGGAAUGGAAAUGGAGUUCAUACCACCCCAAAUGGAAUCACUUACAAAGGAAACUGGAAAAAUGAUAAGAUGAACGGUUUAGGGAGGCUUGAACAUCCAUCAGGCGCAGUUUAUGAAGGCGAGUUCAAGGACAACAUGUUUCAUGGAACUGGAACGUACACAUUUCCUAAUGGAGCAAAGUACAUUGGAAAUUUCAAUGAAAACAAGCUGGAAGGGGAAGGAGAAUUUAAAGAUACACAAGGCCUGGAGUGGAGUGGCACAUUUCAUUACACAGCAGCACCGGGGCUGAAGCUGAAGCUGGAUAUGUAGCUAUUUUACAUGGAGAGUUAAAUGUAUUGUAUACCAUUCUUAUGGGGAAUUUUCACUUAGCACCCAUGACCAAGGUUUUUACUAACAUUUGAUUUCUUAACACAUUUAUUAGAAAUAAUUUCCCAGGAGACGUUU